AUGGUGUUGGAACUCCAUGUUUGGGGGCCGGCAUUCUCCCUGCCGUCCAUCGAUGCACAAUGUCUGGCAACCAUUGCCUAUCUGUCACUCGCCCUGCCCAAGGACGCGUGGGUGCUCGUCGCAAGUAGCGAUCCCUCGGUGUCUCCAACAAAUGAACUCCCUGCCCUGCGAAACGACAACACCUGGGUCUCCCGCUUCCGCAACAUAGUCGACUACCUCCGCCAAUACUCCUCGGGCGAUUGGGAUCUGGAUGCCGACUUGACCGGACUAGAUCGCGCGGACAGUAUCGCAUUCACCUCCUUCCUCGACACGCAAUUCCCGCCUCUCCUCGCCCUCUCCCUCUACGUCACCAGCCAGAAUUACUACACCUCCGUCCUCCCCGCCUACUCGUCGCAGAUCCUUACCUGGCCGUCGACCUGGCUCCUCCCCCCGCAGAUCCGCGCCGCCGCGAAGCGCGCCUCCGACCACCUCGGCCUCUCGUCGCUGGACCUCGUCGCCCUGGAGGAGGACCGCAAGCGCGAGCACUCGGCCGCCGUCGCCGCGGGCCGCCUCCCGGCCUCCCUCCCGCUCCUCAAAGCCACGACCCCGGCCCCCACGACCGCGGGCCUGGUCCCGAGCCACCGCUUCCGCAUGGAGGCGGUCACGGCGGCGGCCUUCGAGCCCCUCGCAGCGAUGCUGCCGCCCCAGAAAGAUUACCUGCUCGGCGGGGACCGCCCCACGAGCGUUGACUGUCUCCUGCUCGGGUACGGGAGCCUCGCGGCGCUGGGGUCGGAGAGUCUGCAGGAUGCGUGGCUCGGGGAGGCGAUGCGGCAGAAGGCGCCGCGGGCGGUGGAGUGGGUGCGGCGCAUGCAGCGCGAGGCCGGGCUGGCCAGUCUCCCGUGGCGGCAGCCCGAGCGCCCCCGCUGGGUGACCGUCGGCAACACCCUGUGGAACACCGUGGCGGACGCGACGCCCAUCUGGCGGGAGUACCGCGCCAACACCCGCAUGCACGAGAUUGCGCAGUCCCACGAGGCGGAUCUGUCCGGCGAGGAGCGCGAGGCGUUGGCGGAGUAUGCCACGGGAUACAAGAAGGAUGUGUGGUUGUCCGUGGCGGCCGUUGUGGGCGGGGUGGCGGCGCUGGUGGGCUAUAUGGCGCAUGUGGGGUUGUUGGGCGGUGGGGACGGGGACGAGGAAUUUGAGGAGGACGAGGACGAGGAGGUGGAGGUGGUGCAGCCCGAGUUGCCGGUGAGUCUGAAUGCGACGGACUUCUUGGGGUCGAUGUCAUUUAGCUAG